AGGAAGCACGCUUCUUGCUUCUUUUUCCAUUGAGCCAGAUAUUCUCAUGCUUGCCUUAAAAAGUUGGAUUUUAUUGAUUUAAUCAGAUCUCCCUUGCAGGUGAAAAUGAUGUCCAGAGCUCCAAGGUGGCCUGAGAAGCUGGUGAACACUAAGAUCAGCAAAGCGAGCCGAGUGGCAAAGGAGCCAUCAUGUUUGACAGUGUCUUCAUGCAGUGGAGGCAAAGCCAGCUUCAGUGGUGGAAGGAGCACCAAGAUCUUCAACAAGACUUUGAAGAAACCAAACCACCAGGUUUCCUCAUCUCCUUCAUCCAAGCCCGCCUUGCAGCUUUGUAGCAGCCGGAGCUUUUCCUCCCUGCACACCUCCUCUCUCUAUGCCGCUCCAUGCAGGAGGAGCAGUCGCUCCCUCAACAGACUCGACCAGAGAUCCACCGGAGACGAAAGUGAUGUUGUGGCUGCAAAUUCUACGGUAAAGAUCGGAGCAUUCUCGUCGUCCGCCCAACAGCCAAUCAGGAAAAACAAAGAGCAGAAUGAAAAGAAGCAAAUGAGCAGUUCAACCGAGACAAUCAACUCGUCUUGCUCUGAGCGCUCCACCACGGCACGUCUUCAGAACCAAGUCAGGAACGAGAACAAAGAUGCAGAGACUGCUGGGAUUAAACACAAUGUGGUCCAAACUGUGCUGAAAAAUGUGGAUCCCCCAAACCUUCCUGCAAGUCCCCAGCUGGAAGGAAGCGCUGAGGUGUGUUCCAAAAUAGUGCAACAAGGCAGCUGUUUCCAGGAGAAGCACAUCUGUGAUGUUGCCCGAGAGUCGCACAAACAAGAAGAGGGAAAGGGAGAGCUGAAAUUCCAGCAAGAGAUGGCUGCUGACAUGAACUCCUCAACUGACUCUUCAUCUUCUGUCAGUCCUGCACAGCAGGUGGACCAAGAGGAGCAGCUGGGGAAGUGGUGUCUAGCUUCAGGUACCUUGGGGUUCAUCUAUCCAGGGACCUCACCUGGAGCCAAAAAAGACCAAGAAGAUAUACUUCAGAAAGAUCAGACCCCAACGUUCCCCUCCUACACAUCAGAGGAGCAGCUGUGGAAGUGGUCUCCAGCUUCAGGGACCUCACCUGGAGCCAAAAAAGACCAAGAAGAUAUACUUCAGAAAGAUCAGACCCCAACGUUCCCCUCCUACACAUCAGAGGAGCAGCUGUGGAAGUGGUCUCCAGCUUCAGAGUGUUCAAUACAUUCACCCGCAUGUGCUGAGGUGAUACAGACAAACUAUGAUAUUUCUGAUCAGCGGCGUAUCUGCGAGAAACAAACGGAGCAACUUGUCAAAGAGCUGGAACAAACACAGAGAGAAGUGUCUCGACUGCAACAGUCAAACACAAACCUGCAACGUGAACUACAACAACAGCGAGAGAGACAUUCAAGAGAAAAGAAUGAUCUUCUGUCCAACUCCAAGUCCCCAUCGGAGCCAACUUUGACUCUGCAGCAACUGCAGAAGGUGAACCGUGACCUCCGCGCUGAGUUGGAUGCGCAAAAGAGAAAACAGGAGGAAGCCAGGGAAGACGAGCUUUGUCGAAGAGUUGACCUUUUAGCUCAACAAGCACAGCUGCUUGUGACGGGGGACGCCACAGCGCUUGCGCAGGCACAUCUAGAGCAAGAACGCCAACGGUUCAUUGAACAGCGGACGGAGUGGGAGCGUACUGUCACCUCCUUGAAGAGCCAACUGAGUGUCAGUGAAGGGAUGCUGAAAGAGUCUGGGAUGCGUGCGACACUGCUACAGGAGCAGUCUCUGAGUCAUCACGCUCUCCAAGCGGAGGCGGAGGAGCUAAGAAAGGCUCUCCAAGAGGUCACAACACAACUUCGAACCAACGAAGAGACACAGGCUCAAAAAGAAGCUCUUCUGCAGAAGCACCUCAUGCUCCUUCAAGCCAGCCAGGACAGAGAACGACGGAGUUUGUCAGUCAGCUUGGCGCGGGCAGAACAACACUCCCAAGAACUUCAGGAGAGAUUGGUCACGGCUGAGGAGCAGGUGGACAGCCUGAGUAAAGACCAAAUGUGGAAAAGGGAUGUUAAGAAAGCUCAACAUAAACUCAAAGAAGAGUUAGCUUCUUCUCUGGCUGUUGUGCAAAGGUAUCGCAAUGAAAAAGAGGAGCUGGAGCAACAAUGUCAUGAGCUGCAGAACAUGUUGUUUGGGGCAGAAGAAGAAGUUCACAGGCUGCAGAGUUGCUUGAAAAAAGAAGAAUCACAUUUCCAUGAGCUUAACCACUCAUACCUGGUAGCUAGAGAGCAGCUGCGGGGGGUUUUGCAGAAGGUGCAGCAAAAGGAGGCUGAAACCCAGGACAUGCGUGAAGGCUUUGAGAAGCUUCUCAACAGGAAGGAGCAGGAGCUGAGCGAGGUUCUGCUGAAAAUGGAAGUCUUAGGUAAUAGCCUGGAGGAAACUGAAGCAAAACUCAGUGAGGUGCUUGACAAUUGUACCUGUGCCACAUCGCACCUGGAGAAUGAGUCUGCAGAGACGGGGCCGGACAAUGAAGAUUUGGUACAUCAGUCAGCAAGUGAUAGCCAAUCAGAGGAAAGAGAUAAGUUACGUAGCAGCUCAAACGACCACGAGCAUCACUAUUAUCAUGCAAGAGUCCGGUCCCACUCACUCGGUCCAUCACACCAGUACAUCAUCACCUCAGGAGACGAUCCAGAAAGGUUUACGACCGUGAUCCAGUUACUAGAAACCAAGCUUUUCGUAACAGAAGAAAAGCUAAGGGAAAUCACUCAUCAACUAGCAGAACACCACAUGACCCUCCAGGAUCCUCAGCUCUACUCCCAGCUCACUCAGAGCCAAUCCUCCGCCCAGCAUCUCAAUCUGCUGCUCCACAGCAGAGCAGAGCAGAGCCAACGCUUCGCUAAGGAGACGGAUAACCUCUGCAGACUUUUAUCUAAGCGCCUUCAGGCUGCGCUGCGAGUCUUACAAAGCUGCAGUGAGACGCUUCAAACCAGCACCACCAUCGAGUUGAACGACUUUGAGAGGAAACUAACUGCUGUUGCGGCGUAUCUUCAGCAAGGCAGGGACGACGCGGCAAAACACCAACGUGCAUGCUUUAAUGCCUCCAAAGGAGAGGAUGAUAUCCUCAGUGAGGCUUUGGUAGAACUUUCUGACAACAUGUCAAGCCCUGCUGAAUGUUUGAUGAGAGAAUUGGUUGUAGUAGAAAAAAUGGUGGCGGCCCUUCAGAGUCCCGAUAAUCAACUCGAGUCUUUGAUGGCAGGAGAAAAUGAUAUAGGUGUGGCGCACAGGUAUGAACUUAUCCUCGCUCACAUAGGAACCUUAAAGAAGACAGGAGGGUCUAGUGUCCUUAGUGUCAUCAUUAGCGCCUGCACUGAAGCAGAGCUCAUUUAUGCUGCCUUCAAAAUCCAGCAGCAAUGUCAGGAAGACUAUCCAGAGUACAAUGGCAAAAGGGAAGACCUCGCACACCCUCUGGAGUUGGCUUGCUAUGAGGAGCAGGGAGAGAAGAGAGAGGUAACACCUGCUGCUAAAAUGCCACCAUGGUUGCAGAAACUGAUAACCAGGCUGCAAAAAAGAGCUAGACUGUUGUGGCAGCUAAGGCAGGAGGUUCCAGGAACAGAGGAUCACUUGGAAAUAGACGCUCCGGUAAACAUCAACUGGAUGCAGGAGCAAGCAAAGCUGGUUUAUCUGUCAGAAAGGCUGUUCUUAGAUUUGGAGCAGGAGCAGCAGAGAUGUGUGGUCUUGCAGGACAAACUGAAGGCGUUGGUCAAACAGCAGGAGGCUUUGUUAAUGGACAAGCAAAAGACCUUAACUGGACUUCAGGAGUACAACAAAGACUGAGGGAGGAACUAGAGAACACGAUGACAUCCACAGUUACUGGAAACCACCAGAGAGUCAAAGAACACAAACAGAGCAUUGAGGAUGACCAUUGGGAAGAGACAAACUUUGUCUUCAGAUAAGAGUCAUGUUACUUUAGAGUAACAUGACUGGUAGUCAUCCAAAUAAUUAUUUGAGUAGGAGCCGAGCUUAUAAACUUGAAAACCACGCCGGCUGGGUGAGAGCAUGGUCCUAGUGCCCGCCAUAACGUGCUACAUUACCCACAAGGCUUAGAACUGUAGACAAGGACAGGAAGUAUAAUUGUGCCGUUUGAGCAAUAAAGAGUUAUUUUGUUA